CUCUAGCGCUCCACAUCAGUCCAGUGAAGAACCAGACGUUUAUGGCUAUUCCUGGCUGUCCUAUGUGGAACGAUUUUCCAGCGCUGCCGGGCGUGUUUAUGCACUAGAUUUACCAAGAACUCACAGCUCCACCUGCCCUAGACUCGACAGCUUUAUUAUUUCGUGAUGGCGGCGAGUGCCAAACGAAAACAGGAGGAGAAACACUUGAAGAUGCUUCGGGAGAUGACCAGCCAGCCUCCCAAUAGGAAAUGCUUUGACUGCGAUCAGCGCGGCCCGACCUACGCCAACAUGACAGUGGGCUCGUUUGUGUGCACCACCUGUUCCGGAAUACUACGAGGCCUCAACCCUCCACACAGAGUGAAGUCCAUCUCUAUGACAACUUUCACCCAACAGGAAAUCGAGUUCUUACAAAAACACAGCAAUGAGGUCUGCAAGCACAUCUGGCUGGGAUUGUAUGAUGACAAGAGCUCCGUGAUCCCAGAUUUCCGUGAACCUCAGAAAGUCAAAGAGUUUCUUCAGGAGAAAUACGAGAAGAAAAGAUGGUAUGUUCCCCCAGAACAAGCCAAGGUGAUCGCCACUGUGCAGGCCUCAAUAUCUGGUUCAUCUGCUAGCAGUACCAGUAGCACCCCAGAGGUUCUUCCCCAGCCCCUCAAAACCCUGCAUCUUACCAAGACUCCAUCCAACCAGUCCCCAGUGACCAGUCGUGUUCAGGCCCAGGCUGCAGGCCAGGAGAAGAAGUUUGACCUCCUCUCUGACUUGGGUGGAGAUAUUUUUGCUGCCCCUCAAGCUCAAACUUCCAGCUCCUCAAACUUUGCUAAUUUUGCACAUUUUAACAGGCCCUCAGCACAAAAUAAUUCCACCACAGACUUUGCCAACUUUGAUUCCUUUGGAAAUGCUAGUGUACCGUCACAUUUUGGCACAUCACCCCCAUCAAAGCCUUCCCUUCAACAACCCCACACAGGUGGAGGCAUGUCCAUUCCUCCACUACCCAGUAUGGCUCCUGUCCCGCCUCCGAGCAGUUUAUCAGCAGAGGACCGUUACGCUGCCCUGGCUGAGCUUGACAGUGCCCUCAGUUCAACCACUACAAGUGGAAGCGUACAAGGUGUGUUUGGAGGUGUCCCCGGAGCUCCUGUACCUCUACCUCAGCCAGGACUACCCAACAUGCAACAGGGUUUUGCAGCUGCCCCCUCCACAAACCCAUUUGUGGCUGCUGGGAUGGUUCAGGAGCCCAUGUCCACAAAUCCAUUCCAAACCAACGGAAGAGCAGCAGCCUCGGCCUCAUUUGGCACUGGCUCUAUGAGCAUGCCAGCUGGCUUUGGGAACACAUCCAGUUACUGCCUGCCAACCAGUUUUAGUGGGACCUUCCAGCAGCAAUUCCCUGGCCAAGGUCCCUUUCCCCCACCUGCAGCCUUCCACCAACAGCCCAAUGGGGGCUUUCCAGCCUAUGGACAGGCCAAACCUAUGGGCAACUAUGGGCAGGCGGUCACAGGACCUGGCAUCUCCAGCAACCCAUUCAUGGCUUGUUGGAUUGUAAACUCUGAAGUAAAUGGCCAUUGCUACGAUAGGCUACAGUUGGGAAUAUACCACAUCCUUCAUAGAUGGAAUGCAUAAAUACAUAAUACAUAUCAAUCGAUCUGUAAGAAGAGACAAACCAAUAAUUACCAUGUAAUAAAAACACUUACUCACACUUUUGUGGUGCGACAUUACUGUCCGAUUCAAUAUAGCCGGCACAGCAUCGUAUUUUAGUUUCAAUCUUUCUGAAGAUUCUGUGUCGAAUUGUGCAUUGUUUGUAAACGAGUCCAAGUAACCAAAGGACCAAUUUCUUACUGGUGUGGUCUGGAUCUUCAAAGUUCAUCCACUUUUUCUCAACAUUGGGAUCAGAAGGAAUGCAAAUGUCUUCAGAACAUCUUUGUCCUUUUGAUUUCUGCGUAGACUUGCAUUUGCCUCUCUUGUUAUUUACCCACUAUGUGCAUGGUGGUUGUGCUCUAAAACUUGUAAGAGCUGUAGUCUGAAAUGUGGUAAAAUCUAUAGUUACUAACCUACGGGGCUUUAAUCGUUAGCCAAUCUUACGACCUUGUGUAUGCCAUACCAACAUUUACACUCAUUUUUUUGUCUAGUUUCAGUUUAUAUUUUAGCCGUUUUUUCACAUAAUGUAUGGUGUAGACUAAACGGAUACAUUCACUAUAUUUUUAAUUUGUCCUUUAAUUUGCACAUUGCACCAUAGCUAUGAAUGACACCUUCAGAACAAUGUUUCUUCAUCAACUCUGAUGUUGACACUGUC